AUGCCAGUUCUUGCUAUGUGGGCGUGGAACUAUGCUUGCGUCCAAUCUUUGGUAGCUCUGGGAGACGCUCUCUGGGCAGCUGCGAUGGGCUCGGCGUGGUUUGGAGGCGCAUACUGCUCCGCUGCUGCACCGUCCGGGGCGGCACGCUGCUGGCACGUCUAUUCUGCACCGCCCUAUGCCGCCGCAUCGCAUGUGCCAGCGCCCGCGGUUUACUGUGGCCCCGGCCAAGGCGUCAUGUCGGCCCUGACACUUAUCUUCUUCGGGCGGGCAAUCUCGAAACCGCAGACGCCACAGCUCCGCGCUCCUUUUCCCCCAGACCACAGGUGUGCGAGCGGGCCCUAUCGCCCAGCCAGCCUGACUGCGCAGGCUCGUCCGACGGCACCUGCUCCAGAGACUCGCAGUCCCCUCAUCGAGCACCCACGGGCCCUUUGCCUGCAACUUGCCGACCAUCGCUGCCCGUGCCUGCGCCCCUGUGCCCGCGAUUGCACCCGCACGCCUGGCCUCGCUGCCGCCUGCCGCCCGCCGUCGUCCCCGACGCUGCCUCGCACGUUUCAGACACAGCUCCUGCUCCGCGACGACAGUCCGCCGCGAAACCCCUCUUCCUUACGUCGCCUUUGCCCUCAGCCCUCACCACCGGCAGUCCAAACCCUCACCGUCCACCGAUCCGGGAGGAAUGCCGCUGUCUCGCCUGCUACCGUUAUCGCAGUAGUGCUCAGCCAGCCAAAUCACCCUCCACCUGCAACCACCACUCACACGGCGCCCAUCGCCCAAGCUUCACGUCUCCCCUGGCCAGCGCUCCAAUCCCUCCAGCCCGGCAUUCCUAUUGCUCGCACCAAUCCGCCUUCCAUCCUGCGCGAUCCCGCGAAGAAUCCUCUGAAACUUCCACGCGCGAACCACCGCGGCGCUCAGCGUCGCAGCGGCCUGGGCAUCCACCCUCCAGCGCACAAACGCCGCCGACCAAAAUUGCGUGGCCAACAAAGAAUCGCUAGCCCGGAGCGCAGAAGCGCAUCCCAUACCGUUGCACAAGUACCUGACUGCUGCGCGAGCUUCUUUGUCUCGAGCUCGGCUUGUGGUACCUCGACAAAUUGCAUUCCUCUAUACGGGACGACCACCCCCCGACAAACGCCCGCACUGCGCAAGUUUACCGUACCUUGGUAG